ACAUCAUAGUAUUUUUAAAUUUUCCGUCAGGCUUAGGCGUUGCUCGAAAAUUUGUUAUAAACCCUUCAAAUUUCUAGUGUACUUGAUUAAGCCAUUGUCAUUGCUGUUGCCGUGGCCGGCAACCAUGUUCAAUACGAAUGCACAAAAUUGGUUUGGCAUGGGCCAAUCGGUUGAUGCAACUCCAACUGGCGGUCACAGUAAUCAUUUGCCCAACAACAGCAGCAAUAACAACAAUAACAAUGGACUACAAUCACAAUCGUUUAUGCGUCAACGUACGCUGACCAGCUCUAAUCCGGCACUGGAGCAGCGCAAUGCAUUGGCAAUCCGCCCGCAAUCUCCGCCCAAUAUUCAAGUAGAGUAUGAAGUGGCCAUGCCUUUCAUGUCCGGCUACAGACACACACCAUAUCAUUCGCUAUGGGACUUGCAUCAGUGCUCAUCGACGCCACCAGCCAGCUUAUCUCAUAUGGCGCGUAUGAUGGACUCAUUAAUCCUGGACUCGCUAUCACCAUAUGCCUUCACCAAAAUCACCACCACAAGCCGACCCUCACGCAAUAGCAACAAUAGCUUAAAGAAGCCUUCGGCCGAGAAUGUGCAGCAUACACCUGUCGUCAAUCCUCAUCGACCCAUCAACAAUCUGGGCCCCAAUGCACCCAAUGGCUUAGGCAUAGGAGGCGCGGUGCCAGUGCGGAACAAGCAGCAACGUUUGCCCAUACAAGUCUAUGAUACAGAGGUUGCCCCGCAGCCGCGCUCCGGCCAGACAGCAAUGCCGUUUCCCUCACAGCAGCAGCAGGAUUCUCGCUGGGUAUCCUCGUUGCGGCGACGUGAUCCUGAGCUGCAGCCAACGCUUCCAUCUAUCGGCAACAAUUUGAACAGCAACAAUCUGAGUCAGAGUCAUCAUGGCAGCGCUGGCAAUGUGGGCAUGCCAGCGAGCAACACGAGUAGUAACGCGGGCAUUGGUCUACGGCUGAGUCGCCCUGGCAGGGCGUCCGCUCUGACGGCAGCUGUGCGCAAGAGUCGAUCAGUGGAACGAUUGCGAGCCCGCAAGUUGAGCACCAAUACGCAACUGACACUUAAGCAAAGGCCGGUGAAGAAGAACUCAUUGGAUGACAACUCUAAUUCUGAUGAUCAGGAUGCGACCACAUCACUGGAGGAUAAUUCACAUGCACAAUCGACCACACACAAUACACCCAGAUGUUCGCCGAAGAUAAAGAUCAAGCAUUUCUCACCGUUAGGCUAUGAGGCCCACCUGGUCGAUACACUGGAGAAGGACAUACUGCAGCGACAUCCGUGCAUCAAAUGGACUGAAGUGGCGGGUCUCAAUGCGGCCAAGACCAUAUUGCAGGAGGCCGUAGUUCUACCCAUUAUAAUGCCCGAGUUCUUUAAGGGAAUCCGCCGGCCAUGGCGCGGAGUCCUAAUGGUCGGUCCUCCAGGCACGGGCAAAACCAUGCUGGCUAAAGCCGUGGCCACAGAGUGCGGUACAACUUUUUUCAACGUGUCCUCAUCCACACUUACAUCCAAGUACCGUGGCGAGAGCGAGAAGCUGGUGCGUCUGCUUUUCGAGAUGGCGCGUUUCUAUGCGCCAAGCACCAUAUUCAUUGAUGAAAUCGAUGCGCUGUGCGCAUCUCGUGGCAGCGACUCUGAGCAUGAGGCUAGCCGACGCUUUAAAGCAGAGCUGCUCAUCCAAAUGGAUGGCCUAAAUGCUACCUUGCAUGAUAAUAAGGUCAUCAUGGUGCUCGCGGCGACAAAUCAUCCGUGGGACAUUGACGAAGCCUUUCGCCGACGUUUCGAGAAGCGCAUCUACAUACCGCUGCCCAACGAGGAGACACGCGCGGCGUUGUUGCAACUCUGUCUUAAAGAUGUAUCGCUGUCGUCGGACUUGAAUACGGCACUCAUUGGUGAUGAACUGCAGGGCUAUUCCGGGUCGGACAUUAGUAAUGUGUGCCGCGAUGCCUCGAUGAUGGCCAUGCGACGGCUCAUCUCCGGCCGCACGCCGCAAGAAAUCAAGCAAAUUCGCCGCGAGGAUGUGGAUCAGCCGAUUACCCUGCAAGACUUUAAAGAUGCACAACAACGCACCAAGAAAUCUGUUUCGGCUGACGAUGUGGCACGUUUCGAGAAAUGGAUGGAGGAAUACGGCUCCUGCUAGUUGUACGAUCUUUGUGCUGUUGCAGCACCAAAUUUAUAAAGUCCCCUUCUCCGCACACCCAUACGUAUGUACUUCCAAUUCGCAAUUUCUUUUA